GACAGCUCCGCGCGACGAUUGGCCCGCGACCCCCUCCGCGAGCGCCGAGGAUUGGUCCAUACGCGCGAGCCUUUCCGUUACACGUUUUUUUUUGGAGUUGUAAACGGAGCGCGUGCGUGUGGGGGCAGCCUACAAAAGCGGUGUGCACUUUUCAGCACCAGUACCGCGUGGACAGCAGCCAAACGGAGGUGGGCACCCGCUCGAAGCUUUAGUUUGUUGUUGUUGUUGCGCGCGGAUCGUCGCUGAGUUUCGCCGCAGAGAAGACGAGAGAACUUAAGGAGGAGUUUGAAGAGCAGCGGAGGAAGACGCGGCAGGAUCUCCGCUUUGUUGGCCCCGGCGGCUGCACGGACCCACCAGCGCUAUAUAUUUUUUGUGUUUUUGUUUCCCCCCCUCUCCGUGAGCUCGAAGUGCUGCGGUCCGAGCGGAAUAGAUGGCUACAAAUGAAGGAAAGCUGAGGUGAUAUUGAAGCUUCAUCACCUUAGGGCUCGACACCGGUCCUGUUUUUCCCGCAGCCUGCGCGCACCGCUUUGCCGCGAAGCUCUCCAUUGUGUGUCGGCCACUUCUUCCCCCAUCACCGCAUCGUCGCCACUCGGCUCUUAACUCACGCCCUUUUCGGUUUUUUUUACUCGAAUUCACUUCCAAAUCGCCGCAGAGAAUCGCCUGAAAUAAAAAUAAAAAAAGAUGUGCUCCAGGAUUUGGUUCGUGACAGACCGGCGCAUCGCCCAGGAGUAUCCACAAGUUCAGAUCCUGCGCGCACUGAAGGAGCGGUGCGCGGACGAAGACGUGGAGUUCCGAUAUCUCCUCAUGGAUCAAAUUGUGCUCACGAUCUGCGAGGGCCAGCUCGGGCUGCGUGUGGAUCAGGAGCUGGUGACUUCGUACCCUCAGGUGGUGAUGGUGCGGGUGCCCACGCCCUGGGUGCAGUCGGACAGUGACAUCACCGUCCUGCGGCACCUGGAGAAGAUGGGCUGUCGUCUCAUCAACAGACCUCAGGCCAUCCUCAACUGCGUCAACAAGUUCUGGACCUUCCAAGAGCUGGCGGGACACGGGGUGCCCCUGCCCGACACCUACUCGUACGGAGGCCACGAUAACUUCCGUAAAAUGAUCGAUGAAGCGGAGCCGCUGGGGUAUCCGGUGGUGGUGAAAAACGCUCGUGGACACAGAGGCAAAGCAGUAUUCCUGGCCCGGGACAAGCACCACCUGACUGACCUGUGCCACCUGAUCCGCCACGACACCCCGUACCUGUUCCAGGAGUACGUGAAGGAGUCUCACGGGCGGGACGUGCGCGUGGUGCUGGUGGGAGGGCGCGUCAUCGGCUCCAUGCUGCGCUGCUCCACCGACGGACGCAUGCAGAGCAACUGUUCACUGGGUGGCGUGGGUAUGAUGUGCCCUCUGAGCGAACAGGGCAAGCAGCUGGCCAUCGAAGUGUCCAACAUCCUGGGCAUGGACGUGUGCGGCAUCGACCUCCUCCAGCUGAACGACGGCUCCUUCGUGGUGUGCGAGGCCAACGCCAACGUGGGCUUCAUCGCUUUCGACCAGGCCUGCGGGAUGGACGUGGCCGGGACCGUGGCCGACUUCGCCCUCUCCAUGCUGCCCAACCGCCUCACCAGGAAGAUGUCCCUGCUCUCCGUGGUGUCCAGCACCAGCGAGACCAGCAGCGAGCCCGAGGUGUGCCCAGUGCCCCAGUCCUCUCUGCCCGAAGCCGUUUGCAACAUGAGCGUGGGGUCCACCUCCAGCGAGAGCGAUCCGGAGUCGGUGGAGCCGACCCAGUCGUCGCCCCUCCAAGCCUCCGCGCCAACCCUGCCCGACCUGCCCGACUCCGCCUACAACAUCAACACGCUCCUGGCCAACGAGAUAAAGCUAUUGACUGAGUAGAAACGAAGCCAAGAGGAAAACAAAAUCCCCUUCGAAGUACAUAUUAUAUCGAGGAGGGAUAGUGGGGUGGUUUUGUCGCAGGUGGGCGAGCUGUACGUGCAGAAUUCAGUCACUACGUUAGAUCACCAGUUUGGAGGAGUAGACAGGAGCAACGUCUCCCGGUCUAUGGCUGCUAAAACACUCCAACAUGUCGUCUCCAAUAGGCUCUGUGCACAACUCCGCCCGGCAACCACACUGAACUUCCUGUCCAGUUAAGUAUCUAUGAGUUUUUUCGCUGAGUCGUGCUAAAAUUUAUAAAUAUUUAAAGAUCAGGCAUGGGGAAGGAAGUCACUGACAGCAUAAAUCUAAUAAGAACACAAAUAAAAUAAAGACUCAAUCAAAUUUUGAGGCGUAAUUAAUGUUAAAUGUUAAAUGUGUGUUGUGUGACUUUACUGGUGCAGGGUUCGUCAAAUGCUUUCAUCCGUUUUGUCUGGAAUGUUUCGCAGUGUGGCAUUAAACCUUUUUGUCUUCAUGGAGACGAAACCAAACCAAAUUACAGGUCAGAAUGCCUGUUUUUCUUGGUAUUUUUGAGCUAUAAAACCAGCUGUAAUUGAAUAAAUGUAAAGUAGAGCUGUUUAAUGUCACACUGUGGAACAUUCCAGACAGAGAAAUGACAUAUCCAUAGCAACAACCACCAGAAAAGUUACUCAGUGCAGCUUUAAAGCAAGUAUCUGCAUAUAAAAGUAAUUGGGUUGUGUUUAUUUGACUUAAUUAGAAUUUUAGCUGUUGUUUAUUUUAGGGUUUUCUAUUUUUAGAAGCGUGACGGUAGCGUGCGGAUGUACACAGAGCCAAUUAAAGAGGUUUAUUUUUUAUUCAAGGUGAUUUCUUGUAUUGUUUUAUUGUUGUAGAUCAUUCACACAGUCCUGGAAAACGAACACUCCCUUGUACUAUCUCACCAACGCAGCAGCUUUAUCGCCAAAACGUGCGAAUUUUUUCCGCUUCAGAUUUGCUCCUAUCUGCUUCUCCACACUGGGUCGAGCGAAAAGACCGAGCGGCUCCACCUUCACAAACACCGCACUGUCCCUUUAAACCCACAUUAAAUACAUGCUAGACAUUCCUUUAGCGACAUAUCGAACCUUUACUCGUCAAAUCUUAUCGUGAACAUGAAGUGACCCCUUUUGAAAAACACAGAUCUGAAGGCUGCUCCCCUGACGCCCCCUCUUUGCACCUCUUCUCUCCAAAACUGGGCCUGUUUACGGCAAGAGAGGGUAUUUUCCAAACCGUUAGAAAAUGUAUUGGGAUUUUGAGUGAUUUUGUUUAGGUGAUAACUGACAGUAUAAAUGUAGCAAUAAAUUAGAAGUACUUUCAAUAGCCAUAGGGUUCAUGGUGAGCUCUAGCUUGGUCAAGUGAAGUGGGUUUUGGCAUUUCUUUCUUCUUCUAAACCUGUUUUAACGGUGUGAGUUUGGUUUUUAGAUCAGGAGGGACCAUUUACAGUUUAUACAUUAUCUGUGGGUUCUGAUUUUAAAAAUGAAAUGCUGUUUUAUCGCUUUUUAAAAUGCUCAUCUCUGACCAAGCUAGACAAAAAAAACACUCUAUGAAAUACACUGCCAAAGCUUAAGUCUUGAAGUUAAAAUGACUUGAAUUAAGAACAUGUGAUAUUGAUUUGAGUAAAUUUCACAUGAUAAAUAAAAUAAUCUACCAGUGGAAGAAGUCUUUUUGUAGUUGAAAUUGGAAAAUAUGCGUAGUUACACUGAAGAUGAGAAAAACAACAACUCUUUGUACGUAAAAUCAGAAACUAAAUUGUAUGUUGUUUGAAAGAAAGAAAAGAACAUGUAUUUUACUCUUACAUAAUUUUACUUGUCAAGUGAAAUCUACUCAAAUCAGGUUAAAUCUUCUUAAUUGGAGUAAUUUGAACUUUGAAAUUAAGUUUUGCAGUGUCCUUAUAAACUCUUCAUUUGUCUACAUUGAAUUCUCCAAACUGACAAACUGCAGCAGCUGCAAAAAUGAUUGUCAACAAUGUUUACUAUGCAUUGAAGUACGCCAUAGGUAAAUGUCUUUAAAUCCAAACUUGAGGACAAAGGAUUACAUAUCUGUUAAACUGUGUUAGCUGUGCUGUCGUAGGGCUGGACAAUAUCCUGUAACAGAAUUAACAUUUGUAAACACAAGAGUUUUUCUGUCAUUCUCAGUCGACUCUUUAUUGUCCGGCCCUGUGAUGGCUCCUUCCAGCUCCUGAUUAGCCUUACCAGCCACGUGGCGCGGCUGCCACCUUUAAAUUCAAUGUCUUGCACUUUAUAAACUACCUUUGUGUUUUUCUGAUGCCCGGACGAUGUAUUUUUGAAAAAGCCGAGCUCAUAAAGGCUACCUCAACUAGAUUUUUUCAAACAUAUCCACAAUUUGUCCCUUUGUUUUGAGCUAGAUGUGAUUUUUAACCAUUUUUUGUACAUAUUUCUUUAGGAUAGUGUAUCCAGGCUUAAUAUUAACUGUCAAAUUGUAUUUUUAAAUAAGCUAUUCCUUUUAUCGGACAAUAACAUCACAAAAGUCAGUUGUAAAUCGGUGCUAACUUGAACAGAUGUAGAUUUCUUCAUUGUAGACUUUAAAAUAUCUUUUUAUGUUAUCUUUAUCUUUAAGUAAUUAUCUUAAAAUGUCCAUCUACAAAACGAGUUGGCAUUGUGUACAAACAUAUUUUUUGUUUCAACAAAAGGUUUCAGUGGGUGGGAAUUCUGAUUUUAUGUUUAUAGUAGACGCCACAUCUGUGUUGAGACGCCAAAUUUAAAAGCACAAAUGUACAGCUACUACUAUUGUUACUAUAUAUGUGAUAGUGUAAAAGAAUACUGGGCUUUUCUUUGUCAGAUAGUUGAGUUGAAUCUAACUCAGGGAAGCAGCCUGGAUCUCAAGCCAAACUCCCUCCCUCUUUUCCUCCUCAAAAACACAUCCACACACUUUAUUAUAGACACAAUAGAGACACAAACCACUGCGUUCAAGUGACUCUCAGAAAAGCAAGAAAGUGUUUGAGGGUAAAAAAGUACACGGGGAAAAGCAACCAAAAUACUUCAUAUUCAACAUCAACUUACAUUACAAUUUCCACUUUAAAAUGUAAUGUAAUAUUUAAUCACUUGGCUUGUUUUUUUUCACAAUUAAGAUUUAAUUAAAGGUGCAAUGAGUAACUUUUCUGGAGAUAUUGCCUGGAAUAUUCCACCGUAUGGCAUUACAUUUAUUUAUCUGUAUGGAGACACCAGGUGACACCACAGGGCGAGAUUACAUGCCAGAUCUGUGAAUAGGCGAGCCCAUUCAGAGUCAGAACGCAGGCUUUUAGGUCAAUAAAAACCCAUGUCAUUGAUUAAUAAUAACAUCUACACGGAGACGAGCAGAAAAGUUACACAGUGCACCUUUAACUCAUCAAACCAAAUCAAAUAAAGUGAAGUAAAUUGGGAUUUUCUGAGCGUCGCCUGAACGCAGCGUCAUCUACAUAUCUCCAAACGCCAUACAGCCAAAACGAUGCAUAAACCAGGAUGAAGGAAAACUACUGUAUAUGAUGACGCGGAGUGUGUACCAAGCUUAAAAUGCACCUUUUCCUUUUGCUUGGGUUAAUAUUGUUCCUUGUUCCUUUCUAACUUAUGGUAUUUUUAAAACGAGAAAAAAGUGAUUUGUGUGCACUAAUAAGACUGUCUCAAUAGAAGUGCAACUGCUGGGAAAGCUUGAAGUUUGACAUUACAUUUAUGAGUAUAUUUUAGCCACAAAAUUUGAAUAUUUGAACAGAAUUACAAAGAAAUAUGAAUGUGUUUUUCAGUAUUUAAAAUGAGACAAGACGGCGAAAUUCUCCUGUGAAACUAUUUAAGAAUUUUUGUCGAUAAAAACUGCAUAAAAAAACAAAAAUUAGGGUCCAAUUGUGAGUUUUUUGGACCAGUUUUGAUCAUUUUACCCAACAUCUAUCCAAGUUUUUAUGUAUUUUUUUGAUACUGGUGCAGUUUUUAAGGCUAAAAUGUUAAAAGAACUCAACUUUUUUUGCCAAAGUUCAAGAUUUCGCAGCAGCUCCACAAAAGAAGUACCACGUUUUAACACUACUGCGACGUUGUCCAGUGUAAAUAAUAAUAUUGAUGAAACGUAUUAGAGGAAAACAAAACUGUGAACCCGAAAUAUUUGAACGAAAGUCCGAUUUUUCUUUUCUCUCAAAUCAGUUAUUAAUUUUUACCAGAUGUUGUUGUUCAUUUCUAACGAAACCUAUUGUGUGCAUAUUCUAGUCCAGUUCUAAUAUUAAAAAGCCAGCCAUAGAAAUGGGUGAAUGUUCCUUCUUUUUUCCGAGAUAUGCAUAACUAAGUCGGCAGGUUUACUAAUUAACAUAGGUCAAAUCCAUAGUUCUGUAUUUUGUAUUUGAGUAGAUAUUUUUACUGUACGUGGAGAAGCAAACUGGAGCAAUGACUUGAAGUAAAACCUAAAAGCUACUUCGAAAAACUACUACUUUAACACGUCUAAGAAGAAGUAGUAGUUGCAGUAGUAGUAGCAAGAACAAUAUAGCAUUUACAAAAUACGGAACUAUCCUUUUCCAGGUGCAUUGUGUAACUUUGUCUGUCAAAUGCUUUUCUCCAUGAUGAUGUUAUGGCCUGGAAUGUUUCACAGUGUGGCAUUAAGCCUUUCUGUCGUCGCGGAAACCAAACUAGGCCAAGUUACGGGUCAGAAUGUCUGUUUUUUGAGGCAUUUUCGAGCUAUAAAAUCACCUGUAAUUGAGUAAAUAUAAGGUAGAGGUGUUUAAUGUCAUUCUUUGAAACAUUUCAGGCUGAGAUCCCCCCGCCGAAAAGUUACAUAGUGCAGCUUUAACAGUGCUACUGCCUAAAACGUGGAUGCGAUUCUAACUAACGUGUAAUUGGAGUACAUUGUCACUACUAUACUUCCUAAAAGCUGCUAUUGUAAGAUAUUGGGCUACUACUACCAUUGAAAAGGGAAUCUUAAAUCAAAAACAACACUGCCUGUUGAUGGAGACAAUGCCAAAAUAAAAUGUUUUGUUGUAAAAAUUCAUUACUAAUAAAUAAAUAAUACUUGUAGUUAGAUGCUUUAUUUUGAAAGUUGUGUAAGAAGUUGUACAGAAAUGUGGAAAUGAAACUGGGGUUUGCUUGAAAGUAUACGAGAUGAGAUGUUGUGGAAAAAGUAGAUUUAUUUUUGUUUCGUGGGGAAUUUAAGGUCACCUAUUUUCACUUCUUAUUGCGGUAAAACAGUGUAUUCUAAAGUUGUACGUUUAAUAAAAAAAGAUGUCUGUGUUUGGGGUUUUGAAGACUCUUAAUGAAUUGAAUGAUUUGGGCUAAACUUUGCCUUAACAAUCAAAUCAAAUUGCUGUACGAAGAGGUCCCAGUGGAAUUUCGUGGACGGGGCAUCAGAUUUAGAAAACUUUAUCAGACCAAAAAUCAAAAUAGGUGACCUUCAAUUAAAAGAUUUGGGGAUCAGAAAGUUGGGGCUGCUCCAAAGGUACUGAACUGUUGACGAACUCACUAGAACCCCUGAUUUUGUUUUACAGUGUUAACAAACGCAUCCUAAAAUUUGUAAUUCAAGUGUGCAAAAUGGUGUAAAUAUACAGCUAUAUCCCUCUUUUUUUAGAUUCAAAUAAAAUAUGUCAUUAUUUCAAACCAG